AUGGAUCACAUGCUGGUGCUGCCUCCUCCGUCGCAGUCCCCGACACCCUCGCAGCUAAAAUCACAAGACGCAAGUGCCGCUGCCUCCUAUCCGGACUACGAGCGCCGCUCAACGCCAGCGGCGCUCCACGAACCAACUUUGACGAUGCACCCGUCCCACCUAAACAGCCUGCCGCUACCGCCCAUCUCCCAUCCAGGCGACCCAACCUCGCGAUCCUUCCCCCACCACACUGCCGAGCUGGCCCCGAUCCAGCCGCCGCACGAGAAGCCUGCCAUUGGGGCCGCGCAAACUCUGCCGUCACUCUCCUCCGUCACUGGCGCGCAGACCCCUCGCCUGCCCUCGCUGUCUGCCGCCUCAGAGUCUUCGUAUUCUCCCCUGUCUACGGCGAGCACAUCGACAGCAAUCCCCGCGACCACAAACAAGACGAUCGCUUCUCCCAGUCUCCCCAUCAAUCAUUGGCCGAGCCUGAAUCCCUUCACCACAUACUACACACCGAGCCACGUGCAGGGUUCCGAAUCGUCCAUGAACGCGGACGUGACCAGCGGCAAACCAAGUCACCACAGGGCUACCAGCGUCAGCCUCGAUGACCCGGGGGUGCGUGCCGCCGCCGAGGCUCUGGGGCGCCUGCGAACAGUGGACACCAUGCCCCACGACAGCGACGGCCGGCGCAAUCGGACUCCCGAGGCGUACCAAGUGGGCACGCCCAACUCCCAGGAGAGCUCCAGCGAGAGACAGCAGGAGCCCCUGCUGUCAUUGAUCACUACGUCUUACCCCAGCAUCGCCCCUGUUGCGUCAUAUCUAGAAAGUGCCACGUCGGUCUGCAAUACGGCCUAUACAAACUCCAAAAACUAUUCGCCCGUCCUCAGAAGGAAUGCCGAGUACAUAGAGGACCGAGUCGUGAAGCCGGUCGCCAAGACUGUAGGGAGAUAUGGCGGCCACGGGCUCAGGUGGUGGCUGCAGAAGCCGGGCAGGAAGCAGCGCUCACCGUCCGACUUGGAAGAUGGGCGACAGGGAGUGAAGCGACGGAAGGGGGACACGGACAGAGAAUCAGCCAUCGCGGCCCGCGUCAUGGCCGAUUUUGACAUAGGUUCCAAGGAUCGACGCACCUCGGUCAGCACGGUCGACACGUUGCCUGCCUAUGACGACCAGAGGUCGCCGGCCUACACCGAGAGGGCUGACGAGCAGAGGGGGCCGACCUCUCAGGAUGAAGAGUCUGGGAGCUAUAAGCUGUGGGUUACGACGUCCAGUCUCCGCGUUGCCAUGCAGGAUGAGAGCAAGAAGCGUCUCCGGGUUCUCAUCGGGGUGCUGGGCAACACCAACGGGCGGAUCACUGACUUCUUCGAGAGCCUGACCAAGGCGGUGGAGGAGUAUGAUCGCUCCAUCGCGGCAAAUCGCGAAGAUGUUGCCAUGGAUGGCCAAGACGAAUACAGUCACAAUGAGCUCUCGACACGCAUCAUGACCCUCGUUGACGGCAUAACCAAGACGAGCGCAGCGACGGUCGAUAUGGUCAACAAAUGCGCUGCGAGUGCCCUGCCAGAUAAUGUCAAGGCCUUUGUGGCUCGUCGACUGAUAAGCUUGCCCGCGCAGUGGAAGCUCAUGGCGUCGCAAGAAGGGCCGGACGCGCCCAGGGAAGGUGGCGACGAAGCAGCAGCAAUCCGUCACAGAGCACACUCGGCAUUGGCGCUGGCCAAGGUGUCUCUCCAGAUUAUGACGCAAAUCACCGAAGUCCUCAACAUGACGCUGAACGCUGUUGAGGAAUGGUGCGAGAACCAAAACAAAAACGAGAGCUCCCAGCCAUCUUCCCCAAUGGGUGUUCAGGGGCCGGUGGGCGUAGAUGGCGACGUCAAGAUGUCAGAUUGA